AUGCGCUUUGCGGAAAGCGGUGCAUCGUCCAGGAGCUCUGCCCCUCUUCAUGGUGACGAUGACGGGCACGCAUCGAGGCCCGGCAGACACGUUAAUCAAAGUCGAGAGGAGGGGAGCGGGAUCUCUGAGGAUGCAUCUCCUAAGCGGCGGCCGUCAAGAGCACUGGAAACGAUGCAUCUAGCCAGAGCACGGAGACACAAUUGUGGGAUCCGUGACUCUAGCGGAAGCGACGUCGUUUUUCUUCAGACUUGUGAGUCGCACACGCGUCAGGGGCCACCGGUAAAGGCUGAUACAAAAAAAGAGUCUGCACAUGCCAGCGUCUCCGAGCUGCAGAAGACAGAGGACGUGGCGACGCGUGAAGGAGUUUCCGCGCCCUCACGUGGGGUUGCCUCGUCCAGCGCUGUUGUUUACCAAAAUGAGAAUUAUCUGGGAGUGGACAAAGUGUUCAGACUCUCGGACAACGCUGGCAAGGACGGUAGGAGUUCUAGAAUUAGUCGUCUGAGUGGGAAAGCUUCUUUGGCUGUUUGUGAUCGGUGGAGUGCAAUGGACAGUGCCGUUGCUGAGGGCGAGGUGCCAGUAUUGCCCAAGAAGACUAACUUGAAUGCCAAGUCGCAAGAAAUGCCUGAGAUUCGUAUGGCAGCUGCAUCGUUUCCUGGUGAGAUUCUCUCCCGCACGGAUUCUGCACAUCUUCGGAUACGGCACUCUCCCCCAUUGCGGAGCACGCUCACGCUUUCUCUCCGUUGCUGGGUGCUUUGCCCUCUCGUGGUGAUUUUAUUGUUGGUGGCCGCAGUUACGAUGUCGUUGUCGUUUGCAACGUCGAAAAGUAGCUCAGAAAGCGUCUUUUUGUCCCUGCAUGACGUGGUGUUGGACAACAUAGAGGAGUCCGUGGGGGAUUUGACGUUGACAAAGAUGGCACGCAUGGCGGUGUCGACAGGAAGCAUGUACUUUUCUAUGAACACCUUCCCCAACCCUCGGGCUGACAUACUGAUGCCGCUGGAAGGCGGCAUGAUGUCGCGUCUCUGUGCUGUUCUUCGCGACAUGGAUCCUGCUAAGAUGGUCUCUUCUCUCGGCGCCGUUUCGCUGACGAGACAACAGGCUGCCGUGUGCUUUAACUCUCGUUCACGCCCUGGCAACUUUUUGGGCACAGUGAGUCGCAAUGGUGUCAUUAAGGGCUUCUACCACGUUGACCCCGUGACACUGGAGUACAAAACCCCACUGGAACCCCUGGAAAAAGUUGAUCCCCCCAUGAGCAUCGAUGGCUUUACCAAAUCCCAGCGCUUCGAGAAGGUGGUCGAGAUAUGGAAGACUGCGGUGGAAAAGGGUGAGCCGAUGCUGUCAGAGCAAUAUUGGGUGACGCCGCGCCACCCGCCAAACUAUGUUGUGUUUGUCUACCCAUUCUUUGAGGUGUAUGAGGACGGCAGCACCGGUGUUGGCUACAUGUACUCAACGAUGUUCACGGAUGACAUUGCGAGCAUUCAGUGGUACAGCCCGGCUGAAAGUGGCAUACGUGUGAUGCUUGUGGACCCGGAUUUAAGGGCAGAGCAACUGUUGGUUGUUGCAAACAGCUGGGGUCAACCACUUGCCAACGUCACAAACGCAUGGCUGGCAACCGUGAGAGGCGAUGCAGUGAAGUUUAUGCACGUUGAGGACGUGGAGGACCCCAUAAUGCGCGAGGCGCUCAAGCACGUGGACCUUCGCGCCGCUAUCAGCAGUGGCAGCGAUCAGAAUGCCUCCUUUCCUUACGGCGGCUUUGACGGACGGAUCACUGCGAAGCGCAUUGACGUUCAGGGUGGGGUGAAGUUUCUUCUUGUGGUUGUCACCAGUCGCAGCUACUACUUGGGGCCCGUGAUUUUGUACCGCAAUGUUGCGAUUGUGGCGGGUAUUGUGGUGUUGCUGCUGGUGACGGCGGCCUGCGUUGCGUUUGUGGAGUGCUGCUUGGUGAUACCGCUUCGCGCCACACGGGCAGAACUGAAGCUUGCGCUGGGUGGUGCUCCGGUGAGUGCCAGGAGUCGUCGUCGCGCUGUGCUCCGCGAGGUGCGGGAGCUGGAGGAAGUGUGCACCACUUUGCGUUGUCGUCUUGACAAGGUGCGGUUGUACAUGCCUGACCGUUUCAAUGCAAGGGUUGCGGCCGCUGGUUACGGCAGUCCAUUGCGAAUCGAGUGUGGAAUUGAUAAAGCCAGCCUGGACGGGUCAAACAGCGAAGAACUGAAGCGAGUGACGUGCAGCGUCGCCUAUGUGUACUACUCCCCCCGCACUGUCCGCAACCCCACCGACGCCGUUGUGGAGCUGAUGAUGCGGGCGGUGGUAAAGAUUGCCACUGACUGCGGCGGGUGCUUCGAAGUGCAGCGUCCCGACUACUGCGUGAUCAGCUUCGGUGCACAGUUGAGGGGCAAGGAGUUUGCGGCCGAGGCCUUGGAGGCGGUGGAGUUUGCUCGUCGGCUGCGCGAGGAGCUGACGGCGUGCGCGGAACUUGAUGGUCUGUACCGUGUGAUAGUGGAGUCUGGGGUGUUUCUCAGCGGCGUCAUCAGUGGUGGCGGUCGCAGCCACUUUGUGCUGCUCUGUCGCAACCUGCACUACCGACUCGGCGGGUUCCUGCCGCACACAGGCGUUGGGCA